UCGGCCGGGAAGACCGGACGUCGAGCACGAGCGACGGCGAGCGUUGGGUGGACGUGAGGCAAUUUGGUGUUUGCUGGGGAGCAGCGGGUUCCUGUCACUCCCGACGCCGGGGCCUGAAGCUCGUUGGCCGGUGACAGCGACAGCGACGAUCGCAGGCCCAGCUGGUGCUCUCCGCCGAAUCAGCCAGGGCGCCGAGGGAGAAGCAGAAGGACAUGGCGGAGCUGAGGCGCAGGGCCCGCGAUGACUCGCAGGAUCCGCUGACCGAGCUGGUGGAAACUGAAUUGCUGACAACUGGAAACGAGGUGAAAACUGAAUUAGGGAGCUCUGAUGUUUCCCCCCCUGUUGAUAACACUCCAGAGGUACUGAACAAGGCUCUGUCAGGACUGUCUUCAAGAUGGAAGAAUUGGUGGGUACGAGGAAUUCUGACUCUGGCCAUGAUUGCAUUCUUUUUCUUGAUCAUCUACCUAGGACCCAUGGUUUUGAUGAUGAUAGUUCUGUGUGUGCAGAUCAAAUGCUUUCAUGAGAUUAUUCUCAUUGGUUACAACGUUUAUCACUCCUACCAUCUGCCAUGGUUCCGGACUCUUAGCUGGUAUUUCUUACUAUGUGCCAAUUACUUUUUCUAUGGAGAGACGGUAACAGACACUUUCUUUGCACUGGUUCAGAGGGAGGAACCUCUCCGGAUCCUGAGCAAAUACCAUCGUUUCAUUUCCUUUGCUCUUUACUUGGCAGGAUUCUGCAUGUUUGUCCUGAGUCUUGUGAAGAAGCACUACCGACUACAGUUCUACAUGUUUGGAUGGACUCAUGUGACUCUGUUAAUAGUAGUGACUCAGUCCCAUCUUAUAAUACACAACCUCUUUGAAGGAAUGAUUUGGUUCAUUGUGCCUAUUUCUUGUGUGAUCUGCAAUGAUAUCAUGGCUUACAUGUUUGGAUUCUUCUUUGGCCGAACUCCACUCAUUAAGCUGUCCCCCAAGAAGACCUGGGAAGGAUUUAUUGGAGGAUUCUUUUCAACCGUCUUGUUUGGCCUUGUGCUGUCCUACGUGAUGUCAGGAUACAAUUACUUUGUCUGCCCUGUUGAGUUCAACAAUGAGGCAAACAGUUUCACCGUGGAAUGUGAACCAUCAGAGCUGUUCCUGCUGCAAGAUUACACAAUCCCAGGUGUUCUUCAGUCCAUUAUAGGCUGGCGGACUAUUCGAAUGUAUCCUUUCCAGAUUCACAGCAUUGCCCUUUCUACUUUUGCAUCAUUAAUUAGCCCAUUUGGAGGAUUCUUUGCCAGUGGCUUCAAGAGAGCAUUCAAGAUCAAGGAUUUUGCCGACACCAUCCCUGGACAUGGUGGGAUUAUGGACCGCUUUGAUUGUCAGUAUCUCAUGGCAACCUUUGUUAAUGUCUAUAUUGCCAGCUUCAUAAGGGGCCCAAAUCCUAGUAAGUUACUGCAGCAGUUGCUGGCUCUCCGCUUAGACCAGCAGCUACAGAUAUACAAGAGCCUGAAAGCCAGUCUGAUCCAGAAGGGCAUGCUGUCUGCUGGGGCAUAGAACUGAGGCAUUCAUUGGAAUGGUCGCAGUGAAAAGCCUCAGGAAAGAGUCCAGCCAGUGACCUUUCUCUCAAACUCAGUGUGUCCAAACUAUCCAAAUGCGAAUCUCCAUAUGUAACUGAGUGGUCCAAACUCCUUCAGGUACCAGGAAAAGCAUACUUUAUUCGUACAUUGGUUGACGGGAUUGAUAAGUAGCAAUAUGUUUAAUCAUGGGACCUUACCUCAUUAGUAGAAGAUGUAAUGCUGGAAUGGCCUCUGAUGAGUCUAGCCCAUGAUUAACCAUUGAAGCGACACAAAGAGGGUAUUUUUAUGUUUUAAUUGACUCCCCAUUGUUGUCUGCAGUGAGAGAUUGGGAGGCUAACUCUGAACUCUACACAAUGUCAUGGUUUUAGUCCAGGUGAAUUCCAAUGCUAGCCUGAUCUGCACCGGUGCGGGGUGAUUUAUUUGUUCCUCAGCUCAAAUGUGUGCUUUAGGGUGGAAUAGAUGUAGUAUUUGGUCUAGCUUUGACCAUGUAGUUUGUGAAGAACUUGCUGUUUUACAUUUUGCGUUUAUAGGGCAACUUGAGCCACCUGAAGGAGCUUAGAAUAUGACGUUUACACUGGCUGUAUUUUAGGAAAUAGAGGAGUCUAGUAGGAGAAGAAAUAAAUAGCAUUUGCACACUGGAGAGCAUGCAAUGGGGUGUCAAAAUAAGAUAUAUGGAACAAUUUGUCCUAGAUACAUGUCAUUUAUUUCAAUUUAUUCACUUGCAACUUAAAUUGUAUUGUAACACUGUGUAAAACUUGGCCUUUUAAAAAUUUUCAUGGGUGGUGUAUUUUUGAGAUAGCAUCUCCAUUUAAUAGAAUUUAGUAUCCCUGCCACUUAAGGAAAAUAUUAACUUUUACAAAUAUAUUUAAUCCAAAAGAAACAUGUGCACUCAAGUAUUAUUUAGAUGUUAACCUGUAAUCUUUUCUGUCUUAUGUGAGGUCUUACAACUGUGUUGUGAUUUCAAGCCAUUUUCAUGACAGUGAUUUAUGUUGGGAGUAUAGUUUCAGGGAAUGCGGAUGACUUCUGGUCUCUUAACCAGGUGGCUGCUCUUUGAAUAAAUGGCAUCUGCAAUCUGUUCAGCUAUAUGGGGAAUUACCCCAUGAAGCCAGUUUUUUAUUGUGUUCCUCCUAUUUCCUCGUCCCCUCCUCCAUCCCUCACCUCACCUCUUCUGAAUGAAAAUUCAGGCACACUGGAUGACCAACAGUUGACCCAGGAGAUUUACCAUUCUCCUAACUAAGAGAAAGUGAGAUUAGUCAUUGUUGAUCAACCCAGUCAUUUCAGUGGAAACAGCCUGUACCUGUGCUGGGGAUGAAGUGAAGAUAGAAAUGAGGGUGGGCUGCAUGAGUUCGAACCAGGCCAGCUUCUUACUUGUGACAGCAAAAGGUAACUCUGGGGAAGGACUGAUGGUCAUUUUUCAGGUGCCUGUUAAGGACUGCAUAGUGCCAAAAGACUGCUACUACCAUUAGAUUAUAAUGUGGAUAAUUUCAUUUAAUGACUAGGACUGUGGCUUAGAACGUUACUUAUUGACUCCGGUAUUAAAAUCUGAGAGACAGCAGAAAGCUCAAUAAUUCAGGGAGAAUGUGCAAAUGAUUAUUUUAUCAAUAUUCCAACAAAACUAGAGAAUUAACACUUUUCCUAAUCCGAGUAAUUUGUUCAGUUAUCUGCCCUGCAUAUUUAAUUUUUUGUCCAAGCUUUCAAGUUCCUCUAAUGUUUGUCAACAGCCAAUUUUCAGUAUCGUCCAAAGAACCAUUAGUAGCUGACAGCUGCUGUGUUGACAAUCCUUGUGUACACAGUGGAAAGGAUAUGUUUCUAUGAUUAAGUUGGUACCUUAGGAGUGAACAUUGACCUGCUGUGAAAUCUUCAUUACCCUGAUAUUCUAUAUGCUAUGUUUAGUUGGUAGGGAAGGGAGACCAGCUUAAGUUGUCACAUACUGUGCCACUAAUUACCAUCUUCAAUUUGCUUUAUUUCCAAUUUCUUUUUGGCCUUUGUUCCAGUAUUCUUGUUAGUUGUCCUGCUGCACUGCUUUCUAGCUGUGGAAGGGAAGAAAGAGAAAUAUAUUAUGAAUCACUUGGUGCGGCUGUCAAAGGCACCCAGAUACUGCACCAGAGGCACAAUUUUCCACCCAAAUUUACAGCAUAUCUCUGGUGCAAGACAAAGUGUGAUAGCUUUCUGCCAGGAGUGUUUUUGCUAGAUUUAAUAAUAGUGACAGGACAUGAAUGAAAUGAACUCAGGAAUUGUCUCAGCACAGUGUGUUGUUACUGAGGAGCUGUUUUGUAUUCUAGCUUACUUAAAUUUAUUUGAGAAAUUUCAUUAGGAAAGAUGGCCACUAAUUUCAUUCAUCUGGAGAAGUCCUACUUUAAAAUUGAUGCCCUAGGAAUUGAAGAAAUUACUUUGGGUUGAGUGAUGACAUGACACAAUAGUGACAGUGACGAGAGGUGACUAAUUACUGGCUAAGCCUCACCAAAGCAAAUACUUUGCUCCUCAGGUUUAUAAUAGAAGGCCAGCAGCAGGGUUCAUUCAUUUGUGAAAAUAAGAAGUAAUGAGGCAAGGUUCAUUCUCAGUACACCUCAUUAUAUCGUUAAACCACAUCAACAAAGUCUCCAUGUCACUGCAAUGUCAUUAUCUAGAAGUAUGUACCUGGGUAAGGAAAGAAGGAUGAAUUGGUCUUCAAUGUGAACAACUACAUUUCCAGUUCCCAAGUCCUCUUUUCAAACUGAUGUGUCUGACCAGGGUAAGUUUGGGUCAAUUUAAUUUAAUUCAAUUGAACAUCUUUGUGACAGUUUCAAGUAGGGCUUGGCCAGAAAAGAUUAUGAAUGUCUAGAGCGUUUUGUAAGAGACAUUGGCAAACAUUCAAGUGGGAGAAAGUUGUACAAAGCAUAAUUGGCUUAUUACCCACCUUCCAGUGUCCAUUGACUUCAACAUGUGGGGGUAAGUAUAACUGGCAUUUUGUAUUCUUAGUCACCUCUUUCUUGCUGUUAGCCAAAGACAAUUGUCUUCUCAACAACUCUCCACCCUCAUUCAUUUAAAGUUUUCAAAUAGUGGAAGGUAUCGUAUAAAAUAGUUGAGUUUGCCAACUGGAGAAUCCUCAAGGUGUUCCGUGUCAUUUGCUGGACACAUACAUUAGAGCCAUUUCUUGUCUCCACCUGGGAAAGAGGCUAGGGAAUAAGAACAGGCUUGGUAAUAUAUCAGCAUCGCCUGUGCUGGUAUGAUGAGCGUUAUAUAAGUUCUCCGUCAUGUCUUCCCUUCACUAAUUUGAUUGAAUAAUUUAAUCUGUGCCACAUUGAAUCCACUAUUGUUGCAACAAUUUUCCCAUGAAUUUUUCCAUUUCUAACUAUAGGCCUGUGAAGAUAACAGCUGAAUAAAGGAUACAAAUUUAUUCAGCAUAAAAUUUUGAUAGUUUGGGUCACUUUUGUAUACUGUGAAUUAGUAAUGUUUCUACUGUUUACUUUUCUGAUUGUUUAAAUAUUGCAAAGGUUUGUAUUUAAGUGCAGAAGCCUGUGAACUGGUGACAUCUAUUAAAAUUAGUAUUUAAAGCAAAAUGUAAACAACUUUAAGAGGGAAUCUAUUUUUUAACAAAAAAUCAGUUGAAAAAUCAGUGAUGCAUGAAGUUUUUAAUCAGCAUGAUGAAGAGCAUUUAUUAUAAAUUUUGUUAUCUGUUCUGUUACAAAAAGAGAAUCUUUUUGAAAUGUAUUCCCAUUAUAACUGAACUGAAGAACCAGACUAUUGUAUCCAAUGGCUCUGUAACUGUACACAUGUUUGCACUAGACAUUUAGAAUAUUGAAAAUUGGAAAGAAGGGUAUCUGGGACACGAUUUCAAGUCAGACCCCAAUAGUGUUCUGAAAACUAGUCUGCGGAAGAGUAGCAGUUUGAACAGCGUCGAUAAUCUUAUGUUAAAGGUGCCUGCUACAGAUUGACAGUAAAUGUCAGAUGUAUUGUAUUAAAAUGACACCCAAAGCUUCUGAGAUAAUGACAAUCCCUUUAAUGUAUUGAGAAAUUCCUCCUGAAAGAUGUCCCAGUGUUAUUGAGAGAUGUGAGUUUGUUCUAAAGGAGUAUAUCUUGUGCCAAAGUAUCUUUUAGUCUUGAAUUGAAUAAUAGUGCACAAAUAUGUAAACCAUUAUGUAAGAUUGCUGCCCCCUGGUAAAAUCUAUACAUAUCAUGUCUUGGUGUGGCAGCAGCAAAGAAUUUUUUGAAUCUUUGUACAUUGAAAAAGCCUAAGUUCAAAACGCUGCAUGAGAAACUCUGGGAAUUGGUAGUUUGGAGAUAUUUAGUUUAAAACUUCAUUAUGGGGUUAGAGAUAUAAGAACUUGAUGGUUGCUAUUUCACUGAGCCUUGUGCAAGGAUUAUACGGGAAUAUGCAUGUAAGAGGAUAUGCACAAACUAUACAAGAACCAGUGGUAAAUCAAGUAGCUGAUUUCAUCACAACAUCUGAAGCUCUUUAGCUUCCUCACUGAAACCUUUGGUACUAUCAGAAAAGGUCCUGUGCCUUCCAAAAAUCCUAUUUCCAUCCCCUCCCAACCACAAGGUAUCAGAGAUGCUAAUGAAAUCAGAAAGUCACAAAUGUUUUUUUCUAAUUCACCGGGGAUAUUUCAAAAAUAAAUCUAUAAAGGUGUUGGGUGUCAAGAUGCUUUCAAGAACAAUAUUAAAUGUAAGUUUUGUAACACAGUUUGUCUUUUGUGGAAGUCCUGUAAGACUUGUUUUUAUUCUUUCAGCAAUGUCCAUGCACUGUUGUACAAAUUCAUUAGAUUAAGACCUCAUGAGUAAAUGCUGUGUCUGACCUCAGAGGUUCACCUUUCUAGUUCUUACUUGGAUUUGGUAGCGCAAAGUACAGCCAACUAAACUUCUUAUAUUUUUAAACUUUGGGGCUUUAUGGGUAUUUAAUUUUUUAAAUAUUCAAAAUCUGGGUCUGUGGUUGAUAUAUGCAUUAAAAUUAAUGCAAAAUCAAUUAAAGCAAUUUCCAGUAUUUUAAAAUAAAUAUUAAUGUGCUGAAAUAGCUGAAAAUGUAUUAAUUAAUGUGAUAAAAAUGAAAAAUGACAUUAUGCCUGAAGAUCUGAGACUUUUUUUGCAGUAGUUGGAAUUCAUAUAUAAAGCUAAUACAUAGAGAGGUAGAAAGAACAAUCUGUGUAGGUACCAUAUCCGAUGCGGACGUUGGUGACCUUGGUUUUCCAUACAGAUCUAGAAGGGACAAUAGGUAAUGGAAAAAGAGCACAGCUCUUUUAUAAUACAAUGUGCCUUCUGAUGUAUUUUUGAGGGAAGUAUUGCUUUAUUUUUGAGCCAGACCUGAGAGUGCAUAUUUUGAAUAAAUAUCCUAGCUCUGACUCUGAAGCAUGCAUAAAUUAGAAUUAAAGCCUAUUCCAAAACAAGUUGGAAUGAUUUUAGAUAAGCCCAAAAUAAAAAUGUUGAUGCAGCUUUUUUCAACUUAAAUGUUCCCUGAGGAUGUUUUUUUGGAUGUGACUUCUUUGAUUUAAUAUAGUUGCCUGCUGAGCAAUGUUCCCUCUAAUUAUUGUUACAGCUGCGCAGACCAACCAUUGCUGUGAGCAGGAUAUUUUUACAGAGCCUGAAAACUGCGUGGCAUUUUAAAUUUUGUUUUGUUUUUGCAUGCUAUGAAUAUUUAGAAUGAAAUUUGAAAAAUUAUAUACUUUUGAUUUUUAUUAACUGAUGGGUACAGCACAACAAAGAAAAUCUUUCACGUUGCAUAAACUGUUUUUAGCUGUGUAGCAACAAAGGCGGUGAGCACAGGAGAAUUUCAGUUACUGUGCAGCCGCACACCCGCACAGCUCAGAGGGAAUAGUGCUGCCGAAGUUGAUGCCUCUGAAUUCAAGUGUGGCUCUCCAGCUGGCAUCUGUUAAAUGAAAAGUCGUACUUUUUGCUGCCUCCUUCUGGAAGAACUACAUCUUGUCAUGGUGCAAACUGACAAUUGAACCAAAUACGAUUCUAGUUUGUACUGUUGCUUUACACAGGAUGCUAAAUUGUGUGCUAUUUGACACAAUCUCUGAAAAAUAUUGAACUCAACAAAUGUUGUCAAGUUAGAAAAUUUUAAUUUUCAUUUAAAGAACCUGAAUGAAUUCUCCAGCUUUAUAACUAUUCCAUUAACUUAUUUGGUUAAUUAUAAUUAAUUAAUUUAUUGUGGAAUGCCUUGAUUGAUGCUGAGAUGCCAAAAACAUCCAUCUAUUGUGUAUAAUUUAUACUCUGUUCACAUUGUACAAUCAAUGACCCAAAUACAAAUCACAUAAGGUAGUGUGUUACAUAUAAAUAGAAACCUGAGAGAGUGGUUUUGUAGAAGAUAGCGAUGGGGAAUUCCAGAAAAUGAUUGAAGUACAAAAGCUGUAGAGGUUAGAACAGAUGAAUAAACUUCACAGAAUGUGUUAUUCCACUUAAGAUGAUAGAUGAAAAUAAUUCAGUCAAGUCAAUGAAGGCAAUUUCUAAUAUGAAAUGUGAGCUUAUACACUUACCCAGGAGAAACUUAUACAGUAAUCUAACAGUUCCAUAGAUUUAAUAGAUUAAAAUGAAGGACACUGCAAAAACAUUGAAACCUCUUGAAGGCUGGACACAGCAUUUCUUCUGGAUUAGAUUACAGCACAGACUAAUGCACACAUUUAUUUAGGAAUUGUGGUUGAGUAAGUUGCUUAUUUUAUUAAUGCUAAAUGUCUAUCUGUGUGAAAUGUAAAACAUUCGGUUUAUGUGAACCUGCCACGUGUUACUGUACAUGUCUGUAUUUGUACUGAACAUUUCAACUUGUGUGUUCAUAUGUGUAUAUGUGCAUAUAAAGUGUACACAGAGAUGCGCUAACAUACAUGUAUGUGUAUAUUUGAAGGUGUUUAAGAAUACACAUUAUUUAUAUAUGUUCCAAAUAAAAAAAAUAUCUUACUAAAUGUCAAA